AUGGAAACAGAAUUUAAAGAAUAUAACUUAGAUAAAGUAGCAUCAAUCGCUCUUAUCGCCAAUCUAUACAGCCCAGUUAAUAAUAGGAACGGUCUGGAGCAAGCCCGCAUAAGGGAGAUAAAACUUAGGGAUAAAGAAUCCCACAUCCCUAAGAAUCCAGAUAGACCCUUGCCCUCUAAAGAAGCAAGUCAUAAGGCUUUUUCAUUUACUUUAAAGCUCUAUACUCAUUCGUAUCUUAUCUUCUUCUCCAUAAUAGACCGCAUGUUAUUUCGUCACAAAUGGGGACAAAGUACAUACAACAAACAUAUCAAACCUUCCAGGCAGAAAGAGCAAGAUCAGGAAAACAUCGGAACAGUCUCUGAUAACUUGGCUUCGGCUUCCAAAGAUAAAGACCCUACAGCCGCCAAGAAAGCGCACCUCAGCAUCAAAAAGACAUUACCUCUCUAUAUUGGUCUUUCGGUCGGGUUCUAUGGCUCAUUCACAACCUUUUCGACCUUUAUUCUCGACUCAUUUCUGGCCCUCGCCAACAAACUAGAAAAUCCCUCUACACCGACAUCAGAACGCAACAAGGGGUUUUCGUUCUAUACGCUUGCGGCUAUAGUCUUAAUAACUGUUCACGUAUCUUUGGGUGGCCUUUUUCUAGGUGCACAUAUAGCUAUCCUAGCAGAACCAAUCGCCCCGUCAUUAUCUUAUCUCUUUAUGCACAAGGUGAUAGAUCCGCUUGCCGUCGUUCUCGCUUUUGCACCUCUGGGGGUAUUCACGAGAUUUUAUCUUGCAAUUUAUGUAAAUAGCAAACUUCCUACAUUCCCAUUAGGGACAUUUGCAGCCAACGUGCUUAAGUCUUUAAUCCUCGCCGUGGUCUGGGAUAUAUCCUAUCUCUCUUCAAUGGCUUCGAUUAGGGAGCAGUUGCUCGACAGAGUCAAAAACGGUUACUAUGCCGUUAUUACUACUAUUUCCACUCUCGCUCUAGAGCUCUCCACACUUCAACGCCAGCACGCUUAUAGAUAUGGCACUGUAAGUUUCUUAGUGUCUUUUAGGUUAAUAGUUAUUAUCUCCGGUAGCAUCCAAUAG